AUGGCCCCCCAAUCUCGAUACCAUAUCGCAGCCGUGCGAAAUCACCGGUCGUGGAAGCACAAAUCAUUGCAGAAUAAUGACGUGGCCCAGUUAGGUGGUAAGGAAUUUCGUACAAGGAAAGAAGGGUACGAGCAGCGAAAUAGCGAGCAGCUCAUUAUAGGAGACGGUCGAGAGGGACAGAACGUUGCACACAACAUCCGGCUGCGCGAGGUUGAAGCUAUACUCGGUUUUCAGUCGAAACAGCUAUUGAAGCUGGCGGUUUGCCAAAACCACAGCCUAGAGCCUGUGGAGGAGGAAGAAAAGAUCGCUCAGGAGCAGAUCUGGAAGGAAAUGCUACGUCCAACAGAAGAAAUCCUAAACACUAUACACAAUCAAAUACAGCAGAUCUGA